AGGCCUCCACUUGUAUCAGCGACGAGGAAAUAUAGGGAUUUAGGGAGCAGUCGUGGGCUAGAAGAGAGGGAGAGGAGACGCGCUCACCCGCCACUCCAGUACAUCAGUCGACGCAAUGAAGAUCUACAUUCUCCUCGCCCUCCUGGGUGUCGCCCUGGUGGAAGCCAAGGUGUACUUCCAGGAGACUUUCAGUAGCGAUGACUGGGCGUCUCGAUGGGUUCAAUCAGAACACAAAGGGAAAGAGUUUGGCAAGUUCAAGUUGACAGCUGGCAAGUUCUAUGGUGAUGCUGAGAAGGACAAGGGCAUCCAGACCUCCCAGGAUGCUCGCUUCUAUGGUCUGUCCAGCAAGUUCGAGCCCUUCACAAACAAAGACAAGCCUCUAGUCAUCCAGUUCACAGUCAAGCACGAACAGAACAUCGACUGUGGUGGUGGAUACUUGAAGGUGUUUGACUGCUCUCUAGACCAGAAGGACAUGCAUGGAGAGUCUCCCUAUCUCCUCAUGUUUGGGCCUGACAUCUGUGGUCCGGGAACAAAGAAGGUGCAUGUGAUCUUCAACUACAAGAGCCAGAACCACCUCAUCAAGAAGGAGAUCCGCUGCAAGGAUGAUGUCUUCUCUCACCUGUACACCCUCAUCGUGAAGCCCGACAACACCUAUGAGGUGCUCAUUGACAACGAGAAGGCACAGUCUGGUGAGCUGGAGGAGGACUGGGACAUGCUGCCACCCAAGAAGAUUAAGGAUCCCGAUGCAAGCAAACCCGACGACUGGGAUGACCGUGCCACCAUCCCUGACCCUGAUGACACCAAGCCUGAGGACUGGGACCAGCCUGAGCACAUCCCCGACCCUGAUGCCACCAAACCCGAGGAUUGGGAUGAUGAGAUGGAUGGAGAGUGGGAACCCCCCAUGAUUGACAACCCUGACUACAAGGGCGAGUGGAAACCAAAGCAGAUUGAUAACCCUGACUACAAGGGACCCUGGCACCACCCUGAGAUCGACAACCCAGAGUACACUGCCGACCCUGAGCUGUACAAGUACGAUGAGAUCUGCUCUGUAGGUCUGGAUCUGUGGCAGGUAAAGAGCGGCACCAUCUUUGACAACUUCCUCGUUGGCGACGACAUCGAGGAGGCGAAGCGCAUUGGAGAAGAGACCUGGGGUGCCACCAAGGACGAGGCCAAGAAGAUGAAGGACGCUCAGGACGAAGAGGAGAGGAAGAAGGCUGAAGAGGAAGCUAAGGCAGCUGAGGACAGUAAGGAAGAUGAUGAGGAGGAGGACGACGAUGAGCUGGAUGAGGAGGAUGACGAUGACAUUGAUGAGCUGGGUCAUGACGAGCUCUAAUUUUUCUCUAUCCCUUUCCCCUCAACCCUCCCACCUGAUUACAACCAUCACCACCUGUACAGAUUGAAGCCUCUGGUCAUGCGUUAAUGUUAGGAUUAGAAGCUUCAAUCUUAUAGGCCUGAGAUCUCGGCAGGCAUGGCAGUGUGCUGUGUCCAGUGGAUUUCCAGGCUUUUGUGACUAUGCCCUGUGUGGGUGGGUUAUGCAUCACCAUAUUCAUCUUUAAUCAUCCUCAUCGCCAUAGUGUAUGCAGCACAACCCUGUAUGUUUGUACGAGCCAUAGGAGUGUAAAUGCCAAUAGACCUAGAAUGGUUUGCAUCAUUGAGGUGUAUGAUUGACUGAUUUCCAAUAAACAGAAUGUGGAA